AGCAACCACUGUGCACGAGAGCUGUCAAAAAAAAAUUCACAACAAAAUCAAUGUUUGUUACUUUUCGCUGCAAAUUCACAAUUUUCUCUGCCGUGCUGAAUCAAUCCAUUCCUCAACAAUGAAAGUUACAAAGGAGAAUCUUUCCGACAUCAGGGAAGAGUACGAAAAGGCGCAUCGGUACAUCGAUGAGGAAAGUAAAAAUGAUCCCCCAACGGAACCGUUCCGAUCGCAUUACAUCGCCCGUGACAUCCUAAACAGUGCGCUGCGAAAGGUGAAAACCCUAUCCGAGGCGCUCGACGCGGAAAGUGAUGUGGCCACAACCGUACGUUGCAUUCAUGCCAACAUCCUGAAGGAUAUUGCCAAGAUCACCAUCUUCGUGGAGGAACCACGCGGUGAGGUGCUGCUGAAGGAGGCGCUCGAACUGAUCGAAAACGAGCACGAAAAGGAACCGGCUAUAAAUGUGCGCAUCGAAAUACUCAACCAACUCGGCAUAAUGGCAUGCAAUCAGUCGAACUUUGCCGAAUCGAAACAGUAUCUCGAGCAGGCUAAGGAUGUAUAUUUUGAAACGAAAGAGCUGGAACGUGAACCGCUCACGAUGGCCGAUUUGUUCGGCACGAAGGAGGAAGUGGAGAAAGGAAAAGGUUUGAAGCUGCUUGAAUCGAAUCACACACUAACGCUGUACUAUUUGGCGCAAGUGUUUGGCUUUCUGGAUAACUUGACCGACUCGGCACAGUACUGCCACAUGACACUACAGCGCCAGCUAGAGUACAACGAGUAUGAGCACGUCGACUGGGCACUGAAUGCGGUCACACUGUCCCAGUUUUACUUUCCACAAAAUCAUCUCUCCCAAGCAAGGCAUCUACUGGCCGCCAGCACGUUCAUGCUGAAUCGCUACGAAACGGAGGUGGUGGAAAAGAUAGCGAAUCCAACGGAACGGGCAGAAAAGGAGGAAACGCUUCGCUACCGCAUGGCGGACGUUGGACGCUGUUGGGCAAAGUACGGACUGCACAUUCUUGCCACCUCGAAGGAGCGUCUAAGCGCGGACGAUGAACCGAAUGAGGAUGGCACAAGCAAGCCACUGCUAACGCCGGUAAAAAAGGUGAACCGAUUCCGUGGGCUCGAUCUGGCCGCAUACGAAGGCCAGGUAACGGAUGAGUUCUGUCUGACUUUUGACGAUGCGAAGCUCGUGAUGCUAAACUCUCUUUCGUGGCUUAACAAAGCGAAAGAAUACUACACGAAGGAAACGGAAGCUUCACAGUACGCGAAAAUCUUGCAGGACGUUGCCUCGCUGUACAAGUUUUUGGCAUUCUUCGAGGAGGAUGAUGGCAAUCAGUGCAAGCUGUACAAACGCGGUGCGGAUCAGCUGGAAGAGAUUGUUGAAAUAUUGAACGCAACUUACUACCAAACGAUUUGCAGGGAAGCAUGGUACGAACUGGGACUGACCUACUCCAACAUGCUGAACGUGAAGCUGGGCCAGCUGGACGAUAUGCAAUCGAAGGAUCACCCUACACCGCACGCGCUGAACAAAAUUAACCAUCUGUGCGAGAAGAGCAUAAGAAACUUUAAAAAGUUCAUUGAAUCGUACAAAAUCGACAUGGAAACGCUCGAACUGCCGGACAACAUUGGCGAAGAUGAGAUGCAACCAAUUCUAUACGCUUACUUUCACAUCGGCCGGCUGUACUACCGUACAAUCACACCGGACAAGCGGUUGAAGCUGAAAAACACCGAAAACAGUCUGUUCUACUACAAUCGCUUUGUUGAGUGCUGCCGGGACGAACGGAUGAGGGUACUGUUUGUUCAGGAGCUGGGUGUUUGCAAGGAAAUUAUAACGUUGCUACCACUAAAGAUUGAAAAACUAAAGACGGAAAUUACGGAAGGAUAAAUGGGAAGAAGUCGAUUUAACUUAUUCAUCUAUUCCUGGCUAGUCUGGAGCUUUCCAUAUUGUGAUUAAGGCUGAUGUGUUUCUUUAGAAAAGAAUAGCGUACUAAAACUGACAACAUAUUAACGACGUAUUGUAAGGGUAUUGCGUGACAAGCGUUAAAUUAUUAUACAGACACAAAAUGAUAUUUAGCCAUUUAGGUAUUGCCGCGGUAGGAGGCAACUCUAGAAUCUGUUUUAUCCCCUUUUUUGGCAAUCUCUCCGAUUGACCUUAAUUGAGCUGUCGCUAGAGAAUGGCAAGCAAGAUACACUGCAAUUGAAUAAACGUACUACAGUUAGCCAUCAUCAAUUAUCACGCGGUUGCAGCAGCAUUUCUUCGUUUUUUUGUUUGGAGAUCAGCUGGAAUUUAGUAACUUAUUUAUAGAACACUUGUUUGCAGUGAGAGAUCGGCUCUCUGUGCCAUACUCGCUCUUACAUCAUCAUCUCCGGCAGCACCGUAUAUUGUCCGCUGCCCGCGAAACGCCCGGAGGACGGUUUAGCACGUGAUACGCAAGCGCGCACAUGGCGUUAAUUCCGCCGUAAUGCACAUCCGAGCCAUCCGAGUGGGGUUGUUUUCACGAUUAUCCUGCUGUUUUUUGGGGGAGGAUUUUCUGUUUGUUUGUUUGUUAUUGCUGCUGCUAACGCGAGAGACUAACGCAAUCGGGCCAAUGUUGAUGGUGGACGGCGGGUACCCAAGUACCCGUAGUUGGAACCUUGACCUCUCUCACUUUCUUGUGCGCCUUACGGAGCGCGUACUCGGAACGCGUAAUUGCCCCAGUUCUAAGGGCACACGUUCGCUCUCGCGCUCACUCGCUCGUAUCUUGCGUUCGCCUAGUCUUGUACCUAGUCGAGGGCCCCCGUCCAGUUCUCAGCGCGGUUUGUAUCGUUUGUUCUUAACGCUCGACGCUCGGUUUCGGUGCUCUCUGUUUGUUGGAUCGCUUGGUCGCGUUUUCUAUCGCGUCAGUCUGUCGGACGUAUUCAACAAGAAAAACAUCAUCGCAACGUUUUUGGGAAAGUUUUGCGUUUUUCCGCACCUUUUCAUUGCUAGUUUCUAUCGGAAAGUGAACAAAAAAGCUUGGAUCUAUCUGCUGCACACGGGCCAAUUAUCGAGUCUUAUCGAAACGUGAUAGCGGACCGUCGCCUAGCGGCAUUCGUGUUCGGUUACAUAAGUGAGGUGGAAGUGGAAGAUUAGCGCCAUCAACAACAUAACACAACAUCGUCCUUUUUUGUGGGGAGUUUUGUGAGCAGUAACAUAACAGGGAAACCGGGAACUGCCAGUGUCCUUGCGUGCCUGUCAGCGGUGUUGAAGCUUACAUAAGCGAACGGCAAAAGGGACAUAAAGGACAUCGGAAGCUACCGGAGCGGCUAAUCAGCAUGACAUCGCCAAAAAUAUCCGCGGACAAAACCACCGACAGCAAUGCGGCCACACCGAAACAUCAGCAGGGAGGUGCCGGUGGUAAUGAUACGAGCACGGACACAUCACCAUCGUCGGUCGACGGUGCCGGGGGUGGUUCCGGUGUGCAGGCGGUCGUAUCCGCCACCGUACAGUCCAUCCGGGAGAGAGGAUUUUACGGUUGUUUCAGCUGGUUGAAGGUGUUCCGUUUUGCCAACCUUAUGAUCAAGCAGGGCUGUUAAGUUGUAGGCGGGAAAAAAUCCAACUACUGCUCCACGUGGUCUCUUCCCUCUAUUACGCCGCGUUCAAUUUUGGGAAAGAAGUGUAUUGUUUUCGUUCUCCUUUUCAACUGAUCACUGUGAGAUGGAGCUAGAGGGCCACAUUGCCAACUACCUUUUAGACACGAUUACUGCCCCGAACUAGACCGGAUGUGUUUUGCUAAAAACGGAACGCACCGAGCCACUUACACCCUUGCGCCAAACACGUGUCACGAGCCGGAGUGUUUCGUUUUGCGUUGCGCGUUUCGUGUUUGCGUACGGAACUAAUUUAAGUCAAUCAGGGCCGGCCCUCGGAACCAAUUAAGGGUUGCGCCGGUCACCGAGGAACGGCAAAACGCGCAAAAGGCACUAUCUACUAAUCAUUAUCAUUCGAAACAAAAACAAAAAAAAAAAACAUAUGAAACAUACCGUAAAAUAUGGCUGUGCGGUAUGAAUGCUAUCCGAUUGCGCCAUUAUCACCAUUAGAGGCUGGUUAACAAAAGAGAGAGAAGAAAAAAAACAACUAAAAUGCUGUGUAACCUAACCAAAUAGGGAAAAAAAGGAUAAAAAGAUGCUAUUAAUAUAUAAAAAAUAUCAUGCAAAAAGUAAUAUAAUAGUACAGAUAAAAGCACUGCAAGUGUUUAUAUAAAUUCCUUCGUAGUAAGAAAGCAAAACAAAAAAAAAAGAAAAACAAAAGGAAUGGAAAACAGAAACUCGCAACACUUUUAGUAUUCGGUGAAUGUUUCCCUUUAACAAAAAAAAAGCUGCAGCUAAUUAUAAAGCGCCAAUAUGACACCAUGUUUGAGAAUUUAAUACAUUGUUAUGACAACAACAACAAAAAGCAAUUCCUCCCUUUGAAAGAUCUUCUUAUCGAAAUAAAGCAAAACUAAAAUGCGUGUUUGAAAAAUAUUAAUAAAA